AUGGCGGCUCUACCAAAGAACAUGGACCAUGUUGACAGAAGGGAGCUGUACACUUCUUUGCCUGUCAGGGUUCAAUAUCUGCAGCAGUUUCUUGAGUUCAGCGCAGACGAUGUUGUGGCUUUGAUAGACGGGCAAAAAUACAUCAAGCAAAUCAUACCAGCAAUUGUGAAUAUGGUCUACAAGAAGCUGUUGAUGCACGAUAUCACGGCACGAGUUUUCACUACGAGAGACAGCAGGGUCGAGGAAGACCCUGAUGAGUGGGUAAAGGAAGAAGGCUCCCAGAUUCGACAUCGAAAGAUGUUUCUAAGAUGGUAUCUCACUAAACUAAACUCGGACCCAAGCAAAAUGGAAUACUGGCAGUAUUUGGACAAAGUUGGUCUCAUGCACGUUGGAAAAGGGCGUAAAAACCCUUUGCAUGUCGAUUAUAUCUUUCUUGGUGCCUGCUUGGGGUACAUUCAAGAUGCUAUGACCGAAGCCAUCCUCUCACACCCUCGCCUGGAGCUGACCCAGAAGAUUGCAAUCGUGAAAGCAAUCGGCAAGGUCAUUUGGAUCCAGAAUGAUCUAUUGGCCAAAUGGCACUUAGAAGAUGGGAAAGAAUUUGAAGACGAUCUCGACGAGGAGGAGAUACAAGCCGAGGCAGCUGAGCCAGAAGGCUACAUCAAGGGUCGGAGGGUGUUGGGGAGCAACGGAAGUGAUGACGAUAGCUUAACAGAUCGUCCUUCAUCGGUUUCAUCAGGGAGAUCCGGUAAAAGCACGACAAGCCUCGGAAGAACGGUUGAGCAAGUCAACCAGGCCAACGAGGUCAGUGGAUGCCCAUUCAGUGGAAUGGUGCAUGCUCCGAAAGUCUUGGAGACGCAAAGAGCUGCGACUUGGAGGCCACGACGUGAAGACUCACUCCCGAUGUCUGCACCAACAGGCAUUCCCAAAUUACAUCUUGUUGAUGGCAGAACCGUUUGCAAGGAGAACCUAGGACCAAAUCCAUUCCAGUAG